GCCAUUUCGUGUCCUCCAAGAUCUCUCUUGGCUCCCAAAAUAUAUUUCACUUCAUUUCAUUUCAUUCCGAUCCAUCUUGUCUUCAUUAGCCGCCGCUGUCAACAGCACGCUUCAGCUGUCGAACAAGGGAGUUAGAGAGAGAGAGAGAGAGAGAGAGAGAGUCCAAUCAACUGUACAACAACAACUUCAACAUGCAAGCGGCUCGACUCCCCCUACAAGCCAUGACGACCGAAGACGACAGCCAGGAAAAGGCCACGUUGGAGCAAUUGAUAGGCCAGAUGACGAAGAACCUCGGCAAUCCUUGUGAAUUAGUUGGUCUGAUGAUGACAGAUGUCCCAUUUUUGCUUCUCACAACCUCUUUGGAUGUAUCAAAAGGUGCAACUGCGGAUGAUGUCACGUUCCGUCUAGCAACAGAGACGCUCCCCUUGGUGCUCAUUCAAGCAAUGAAACAGCACCCUACAAAUCAAGCGCUCCAAAAGCGAGCGACGAUGACCGUGUGCCUGGGCUGUACGAGUUCCAGCAGUUUCCACUGGGGAAUUGUGAAGCAGCAUGGCUCUGAGGCAAUCCUGGCUGCACUGGAAGGGCUAAAGCAAGACGACGAAGUUUGCCAGUCUUCAAUCUCAUUUUUCCUCUUGUCGGCAAAGAUGAAAAAUACCGCUGCCAAUCACAUUUCUACUACUGGACUAGCUAGACUCCAUGAUGAUGACGAAGAGUGCGGCUCGAAUUACGAGGAAGUGUACCAGCGUCUGAGCAAGACACUCUUCGAUGCUCUGGGUCCUAUUCUCCAAGCUCUUCGAAUGCACCCCAACUCUGCCAAGCUCCAAAAAGAGGGACUUGAGUGCCUCGAUCGCAUUUCCUUUGAUACUGACGAAAGCGGUGAAACCAGCAUUUGGAACGUGGGCCAUUAUGCUUCCGUGGAUGCUUUCAGCACAAUCUUGGCAUCACACUUGCGCUUUGGGGUGCACUCAGAGAUCGCUGGAAGUGGAUGCCGCCUACUUCGGAACUUUCUCUAUUGUUCCACCGAUACUAGUACCGGCACUUUGGGUGGAAGGGCGGCGCUACUGGAUCUGUCCAGCCAGCUGCCAGAGGUGAUGGGUGUCGCAAUCUUCCACCUCGAGGUGAAUCUACACUGGGCGGACUCUGCUGCUUUGGAGUUGCUGUGCAUGGUGCUCUGUCGAUAUCCUGGCAUGGCAGAACACUACUUGAAUAAAUUGAUGAAUAUCACGAAGAAUCCUCCUGUCCACUGGGACAAGUGGCGUGCGUUUCGGGCCAUAUGUGAUCUCCUGGCCCGCAUUAGCCCUGUUGUGGGCGACAUGGUGGGCAGUAAGACGGAGCUGAUUGAAUUGCUGGUUGCUGGGGCCUCGGAGGCAACCAGCAAGAAUGAUCCUGUCUUGUUUGAGGAUUGCACAUUUGCGCUCAAUGAGCUCGCGAAUGAUGCAGCUUGUCUUCGUGCCAUGUCAGCGAAUCCAGACGUCGUCUCUGUAAUUUGUGAAGGCAUCCACGCUGAGUGCUCGGAAAAUGUCAGCUUUCACCUAAUUGGGGUGCUUUUGUCGUUGGUACAGGAUGGUGGCAUCGGUGCUAUCAUGCCUGAAUCUAACCCAUAUUGCUGUAUCCGCGGCAUCAUCAUGGCCAUGAGUGUGACUCCCAAUUGCCCAUUUGUCCGCAAGUUUGGAUUCAGUCUCCUUGCCAAGAUUGACUUUACACCGGCUGAUGCCAUGCUUGCAGUCAUCAAUGCUGAAGGUAUUUCCACAGUGCUUUCCUCCCCCCUUCUACACGAUGAAUAGAGUGGAGAAUGCUUGCAAGUUGUUGAACAUGCUGACGUGGUCGCAGGGAUGGAGUCACUAUGCUGAGCGAUGAGCGGAGGGAUGGCAUGUCAAAUAUCCAAGGACGGAGAA